UCCAUGCCGCUGGGCAGCCGCUGAUCACGCGUGCCCCCGCUCGCCAUUGGCCGCCGCCUCACACACCUUUGCAGCGGAUUGGCCGCAGCCAGCUCCGGUCUCCCCCUACGCCGAGCUGGUGGAACCGCCAGCUGAAUGGGCAGCUGCGAACAAAAAGAGGAAAAUCAAGGCAGCGGCCAGAGAGCGCCUGGGGUGAAGGCUCUUGUCAACAGCUGCAGCAGCAGCAGCAUCAGAGCAGCUCCCAGCCAUCGCGUCUCCCAGCCGGGCCAUGCUGAAUUUCGCAUCUUCCCUCUACCAGCCAGCUGAGGCAGGAAUAGAGAUGAUUACUGAAAAGCAAAACAAUAAUAGACGUUCCUGGAACAAUACCGCUGAAAAGAGUGAUUUUGAAGCCGUAGAAGCCCUUAUGUCUAUGAGCUGCAACUGGAAAUCAGACUUCAAAAAAUAUGCUGAACUGAGACCUAUAACACCAGCAUCUGAUAUGUCAGAAGAAACUGAUGAUAACCUGCUACCUGGUGCAGCUGACUUUCAUGCAAUACCAGCAUUUUGCUUGACUCCACCCUACAGCCCGUCUGAUUUUGAGAUGUCUCAAGUAAUUCAUCUGCCAGCAGCAGCGCCAUCUGCUGUACAAUGCAGAUUAUUCACUGAUAUUUCAAAGCCUGUUCCUUCAGCAAUUUUUAAAGAGACUGAAAAGUCUCCAGCAUCCAGACCAAUGAAAGCUCAAGCAACAAGUGUUAUUCGCCAUACAGCUGAUGCUCAGCUUUGUAAUCACAGAACAUGUCCAGUGAGAGCAGCUGGUGUGUUGAAAUAUCAGGACAAUACUUCAAAGGAAAUAAAUGUACAGAAUAAUGGAACUGCAAAACAAAAUCCACCUUGUGCAAUUGUGUCACCAAACAGAGCAACUUACAAAAGUGACAAACUGCCAGUUUUAGAAGAAAAAACAAGUACAGCACUAGCUGUCAGUCCAUUGUCCCUGAUCCAGACUUCAACCAGUAAACCUCAGCCUGUUCCUGGAUCAGUACAGCAGUCAUCGACGAUAGUAUCUUCACCUGCUGUGCAAGCGAGUGGUGUCUCACCUGUGCCAGUAAUUUGCCAGAUGGUUCCUCUGUCUACUAACAACUCUGUUGUGACAGCAAUAGUGCCCAACACUCCUUCUAGCCAACAAUCAACCCUUUGCCAGCCUAUGGUGUUCAUGGGAACUCAAGUUCCUAAAGGUGCCGUUAUGUUUGUUGUGCCCCAGCCAGUUGUGCAGAACACAAAGGCUCCAAUCAUUAGUCCAAAUGGCACUAGACUCUCUCCUAUUGCUCCUGCUCCAGGUUUUACACCUUCUGCAGCAAAAAUCACUCCACCAAUUGACUCAUCAAGAAUAAGAAGCCACAUUUGCAACUAUCCAGGAUGUGGAAAGACUUAUUUCAAGAGCUCUCAUUUGAAGGCCCAUGUGAGAACACACACGGGAGAAAAGCCUUUUAGCUGUAGUUGGAAAGGCUGUGACAGGAGAUUUGCACGAUCUGAUGAACUGUCUCGGCAUCGCAGAACGCAUACCGGUGAGAAGAAGUUUGCUUGUCCAAUGUGUGAUCGGCGGUUCAUGAGGAGUGACCAUUUAACAAAGCAUGCACGGCGGCAUUUGUCAGCUAAGAAGCUACCAAACUGGCAAAUGGAAGUGAGCAAGCUAAAUGACAUUGUUGUGCCACCUGCAUCUACACCUGCACAGUGAAAAAACUCCUGAAAAGUUACCGGAACUAACUGUUGUCACUAUGGUAUACCACCAGUGAUGUAUAAAAGCUCCUAUUCCAGGUCUGUAGUUCUUCAGUGCCAGCUGUUGAUGGCACUACAGCAGAGAGGCAAAGGCAGUCUGUGCUUGGUCACAGGAAAUGCUACUGAGAGAACCAGCGACUAACAAUGGAAUGUCAGGUUUCUUUUCAACUUGGUGAAAAGAGAAAGAGGUUGAAGGUUUGAGAGCAGAGCAGCACAGGUAGCAAAGGGUUUUGAAUUUAUGCAGAUUACUUGUAUGUCUAUAGAGUGGUCAGACAUAAGUCAUGCAGAGCUGUUGGCUGAUGUUAAUGCUUGAAACCAACUGAAAUUACAGCUUUCAAAGAUGUAAUGAGUUUUCAGUAGAGCACAAACUAGAGAGAAAUAUCAACGUAUGGUACAGACUUGUUGAUCAGAAAUGCAUCUGUACGAGAGAUGGGCAUUGAGGCUCACCACUUGAUACAGUAUUUAAUGUAUCAAGUAUAUCAGUCAUGCCAGUUUUACAUUACUGUCCAAAUAUGGAAUAGAUUGAGUGCUGCCAUGUGGCUAGAGAGAGCCAAAAGUAUCUAAAUCCCCAUUAAUUUAUUAUAAUAUAGAAAGCUAAUACUAUUUUUGCUAUUCCUCUUGAAAGCUCAUGCUUAUUACAAUAGGUAAUAUUUAGGCAUCCUAUGAUGCUUCUGCUUUCAAGUUGCUUAUGGUUUCCUUUAUACCUUUCAAAAUUCCAUGCCACUGCAUUUUUCAUAAACACUGAGACAGUAUAUUGUUGUUGUUUUUUGUUUGGUUGGUUUUUUUGUUUGUUUGUUUGGUUUUAAAUGUAACUAUAAGAAUAAUAAAUUACACGGGUUUACUAAGAAGGCAAGAACAAAUAUGUUAUGCUAGGCUACUUGAUGUGGAGGUCACUUUUGAAGAUGAUUUUUAUUAGAGAUAAAUGGUCUCUAUGUAAUAAGGAUAUAAUCUAUACUGUAUUAAAUUAGAACAUUAGGAAUUAUUUGUAAAGUAAACAUAAGGCAGUAAAGACACCAGCCUUGAAUUAAUAGUGUAGAUUUUGUGACAAAUAAUGCAUCAACUUUCACUAACCAUAUUUCUAUUGUAUCUUACUAUGUUGAGUACACAAAUAUAGACAACUAAACAGUUGGAUAAUAAUGUGCUAGAUAAUCUUUUAUGACUACUUUAAAAUUUUGCACAAUACUUCUUAUGUCGUACUUUAUACCUUGUUUACAAUAAAGAACAAUUUUAAUACAGA